CAGAACAACCAGCUGUGCGGGUGCUAAAUUCUAUUGCGCAACGCAAAAUUCUAAACACAACGCGACCGACAGCCACCCAAAAUGCAAGGCCCAAUUCAAAGGUUGGUGUACACAUUCGGUCAUCGCACCUGCGGCCAAUUGCCGCUGAUCGGCGUAGCAGCGAUAUCGAGCACAAAACCACCUGCGAUGGCGCACUCCGUCCGCCCAUCCUCCUCCUCCUCCGCCUCCUCUGCCUCCUCCGUGCUGGCCACGGAGUCCUCGAACAAGGGAAUGAUCAUCCUGAACCGCCCGAAGGCACUGAACGCCAUCAACCUGGAGAUGGUGCGCAAGAUCUACAAGCAUCUGAAGAAGUGCGAGAAGUCCAAGUCGCUGCUGAUCAUCAAGGGAACGGGCGACAAGGCCUUCUGCGCCGGCGGCGAUGUGCGCGCCCUGGUCGAGGCGGGUCCCACCGACGAGUCCAAGAGCUUCUUCCGCGAGGAGUACAGCACGAAUGCCCUGAUAGGCAACUACAAGAUUCCCUACAUCGCCAUCAUCGACGGCAUCACCAUGGGCGGCGGCGUGGGGCUCAGUGUGCAUGGCAAGUACAGGGUAGCAACCGAUAGGACCCUGUUCGCCAUGCCCGAGACGGCGAUUGGCCUGUUCCCGGACGUGGGCGGUUCUUACUUCCUGCCCCGCCUGCAGGGCAAACUGGGAAUCUACCUGGGACUCACCGGCUACCGGCUGCGCGGCGGCGAUGUCUUCUACUCGGGCAUUGCCACGCACUAUUGUGAGAGCAGCAAGAUUCCCGAGCUGGAGACGGCACUGCUCAACUGUCCCGAUGCCGACGAUGUGCCCGAGCUGCUGCAAAAGUUCCAUUCCACGCCCGAGAAACCCUUCUCGCUGCAGCCCUUCCUGGAGCAGAUCAACAGGAACUUCUCGGCGGGAACGGUGGAGGAAAUACUGGAGAAUCUGCAGAACGACGGCAGCGAGUGGGCCAAGAAGACGUUGGAGACCCUCUGCAAGGUGUCGCCUACCUCGAUGAAGGUCACGUUCCGCCAGCUGGAGCUCGGCUCGCAGCUGUCGCUGGCCCAGUGCCUCAUCAUGGAGUACCGCCUGGCCGUGCGCCACUUGGAACGCAGCGACUUCAAGGAGGGCGUGCGCGCCCUGCUCAUCGACAAGGACCAGAAGCCCCAGUGGCAGCCGGCUCAGCUGGCCGAUGUCAGCGAGGAGCAUGUCCAAUGGUUCUUCCGCAAGCUGCCGGACACCGAGGAGCUCAAACUGUAA